AUGAAAUGCCAGAUUUCUCAUUUAACUUAUGUUUUGAACUCUCCAAGGGAGCGGGAGAGGGAGAGGCAUAGGCAUCGUGACAGCAGAAGAUCACCAUCACCAGACAGAUCCUACAAAAAAGAUUACAAGAGAGCAGCAGGAAGCCGGUCUCCAAGCAGAGAGAGAAAGAGACCCCGAUGGGAGGAGGACAGAGAAAGGUGGUCUGAGAACCAGUGCUCCAGCAAAGAGAAAAAUUAUACUGCUAUCAAAGAGAAAGAAUCAGAGGAGAAUGCAUCUGAAAAAAACGAAGAGGAAGAUGAGGAAUUACUUAAGCCAGUCUGGGUUCGCUGUACCCAUUCUGAAAGCUAUUAUUCCAAUGACCCUAUGGAUCAAGUGGGGGACUCUACUGUGGUAGGAACAAGCAAGCUCCGAGAUCUGUAUGAAAAGUUUGAUGAUGAGUUAGGAAAGCGACAGGCAAAGGCCAAAGCAGCCAGGCCACCAUGGGAGCCACCAAAGACCAAGCUGGAUGAAGAUUUAGAGAGCUCCACUGACUCAGACUGUGACUCUGAAGAUGACAGCAGCUGCUCUAGCAGUUCAGAUUCUGAAGUUUUUGACGUCAUUGCAGAAAUUAAGCGUAAAAAAGCACACCCUGAUCGUCUCCAUGAAGAACUGUGGUACAAUGAUCCAGGACAGAUGAAUGAUGGACCUUUGUGCAAGUGCAGUGCUAAAGCCAGACGAACAGGAAUAAGACAUGGCAUUUAUCCUGGUGAAGAGCCCAUUAAACCAUGUCGCCCCAUGACCAACAAUGCUGGAAGACUAUACCACUAUAGAAUUACUGUGUCGCCUCCCACAAACUUCUUAACAGACAGACCUACUGUUAUUGAGUAUGAUGAUCAUGAAUAUAUCUUUGAAGGGUUCUCAAUGUUUGCACAUGCCCCACUAACAAAUAUUCCUCUAUGUAAAGUAAUCAGAUUUAACAUUGACUAUACAAUUCAUUUCAUUGAGGAGAUGAUGCCUGAGAAUUUUUGUGUGAGAGGUCUUGAACUGUUCUCUUCAUAUCUAUUCAAAGAUAUUUUGGAGCUCUAUGACUGGAAUCUUAAAGGUCCUUCACUUGAAAAUGAUUCUAUUUCCUGCCCCAGAUUUCACUUCAUGCCGCGAUUUGUGAGAUUUCUUCCAGAUGGAGGAAAAGAAGUACUCUCAAUGCAUCAGAUUCUUCUCUACUUGUUACGAUGCAGUAAAGCUCUGGUGCCUGAAGAGGAGAUUGCCAACAUGCUUCAGUGGGAAGAACUGGAAUGGCAGAAAUAUGCAGAAGAAUGCAAAGGGAUGAUCGUUACCAGCCCUGGCAUGAAACCCAGCUCAGUUCGUAUUGAUCAACUGGACCGUGAACAGUUCAGUUCUGAUGUAAUUACUUUCCCCAUUAUUGUCCACUUUGGGAUACGACCUGCUCAACUCAGUUAUGCCGGAGAUCCUCAAUACCAAAAGCUGUGGAAGAGUUACGUGAAGCUGCGUCACCUGCUGGCUAACAGUCCCAAAGUCAAACAGGCUGAUAAACAGAAAUUAUCACAAAGAGAGGAAGCACUGCAGAAAAUUCGUCAGAAGAACACAAUGAGACGUGAAGUGACCGUUGAGUUGAGUAGCCAGGGAUUCUGGAAAACAGGGAUACGCUCUGAUGUCUGCCAGCACGCAAUGAUGCUUCCCGUCCUCACCCACCAUGUCCGCUACCAUCAGUGUCUGAUGCAUUUGGACAAAUUGAUAGGCUACACUUUUCAAGAUAGAUGCUUGCUGCAGCUUGCCAUGACUCAUCCAAGCCAUCACUUAAACUUUGGAAUGAAUCCGGAUCAUGCUAGAAAUUCCUUAUCCAACUGUGGGAUUAGACAGCCAAAGUAUGGAGAUAGGAAAGUUCACCAUAUGCACAUGAGGAAAAAAGGGAUAAACACCCUGAUAAAUAUUAUGUCCCGUUUAGGACAGGAUGAUCCAGCUCCUUCCAGGAUUAACCACAACGAGCGUUUAGAAUUUCUGGGAGAUGCUGUGGUGGAGUUCUUAACGAGUGUCCACUUGUACUACCUGUUUCCCUCUCUGGAGGAAGGAGGAUUAGCUACGUACCGCACUGCCAUCGUACAGAACCAACACCUGGCCAUGUUGGCUAAGAAGCUGGAACUAGAUCGAUUUAUGCUUUAUGCUCAUGGUCCAGACCUUUGCAGGGAAUCGGAUCUCCGCCAUGCCAUGGCCAACUGCUUUGAAGCCCUAAUAGGAGCUGUUUAUCUAGAGGGAAGUUUAGAAGAAGCAAAACAAUUAUUUGGACGUUUACUCUUCAAUGAACAGGACCUGCGGGAUGUAUGGCUUAAUUAUCCACUACACCCACUCCAACUGCAAGAGUCCAAUACUGACAGGCAACUCAUUGAGACCUCUCCAGUUCUUCAAAAGCUUACAGAGUUUGAGGAUGCAAUUGGAGUCAUCUUUACUCAUGUUCGGCUUCUAGCACGUGCAUUCACUCUGAGGACAGUAGGCUUUAACCAUCUGACUCUAGGCCACAACCAGAGGAUGGAAUUCCUGGGUGACUCCAUAAUGCAGUUGGUAGCCACAGAAUAUUUAUUCAUACAUUUCCCCGAUCAUCAUGAAGGGCACUUAACGCUGUUAAGAAGUUCUUUGGUGAACAACAGGACACAAGCCAAGGUGGCAGAAGAGUUGGGUAUGCAAGAAUUUGCCAUCACUAAUGACAAGACAAAAAGACCUGUAACUCUUCGAACUAAGACUUUGGCUGAUCUCUUGGAAUCCUUUAUUGCUGCCUUGUACAUUGAUAAAGAUUUGGAAUACGUUCACACUUUUAUGAACGUGUGCUUCUUUCCACGGCUAAAGGAGUUUAUUUUAAAUCAAGAUUGGAAUGAUCCUAAAUCUCAGCUUCAGCAGUGCUGCUUGACUCUCAGGACAGAAGGAAAAGAGCCAGACAUUCCUCUUUACAAGACUUUGCAGACAGUGGGACCAUCUCAUGCCAGGACAUACACAGUAGCUGUUUACUUCAAAGGGGAAAGAAUAGGAUGUGGUAAAGGUCCAAGUAUUCAGCAAGCGGAAAUGGGAGCUGCAAUGGACGCACUUGAAAAAUAUAACUUUCCCCAGAUGGCCCAUCAGAAACGGUUCAUUGAACGGAAGUACAGACAAGAGUUAAAAGAACUAAGGUGGGAAAAAGAGCAUCAAGAGAGAGAGCCAGAUGAGACUGAAGAAGCAAGGAAAUAAAAGGAGGGCACAGAAGCAGUGGUAUAUUUACUUAAUAACUGACUGUGGCCUACAGAGACCUAACCUAAUUUCUUGCAGAUGAUGAAUGAAGGGUGCCUGUUGAUAUGAAAUAGAAAAUCAUUAUCUCUUCUUAAAAAAGUGCGUGUAUAUAUUGUAUUUCUUUGGUUUUAAAUGCAAAGUUUGUUUGGUUUUUUAAUAAGAUCUGGUUUUAAAUCCUUUUAAUUUUUAUGAAAAGUUGUGGGAUUAUUUUUAUUAUUUUUAUUGUCUUGUAUGAAGUAAUAAAGUAUUCAUUUCAAAAGCUUGUAGGAGGAAACGC